GAGGGGCGGGGGGCUACAAGGAGCGAUGGGGCCGGGGGGGCCAUAGGGAGUAAUGGGGCCUGGGGGGGGCUAUAGGGAGCGAUGGGGCCGGAGGGGCCAUAGGGAGUAAUGGGGCCUGGGGGGGGCUAUAGGGAGCGAUGGGGCCGGAGGGGCCAUGGGGAGCGAUGGGGCCUGGGUGAGCCAUAGGGAGCGAUGGGGCCGGAGGGGCCAUGGGGAGCGAUGGGUCUGCCCCCCCUCCCAGUGCCCCCGCUUCCCCCCGCCCCGGUUCCCCGCUCUGUCCUGGCCCCGCCCGGGGGGGACACGUCGGGGCGGGGCCGGUUCCCCCCCCGCGCCGCGGCGGUGCCGCCCGCCGGCUCCGAGCAUCCUCGGCAGCGCGACACCGGCACCGGCACCGGCACCGGCAGCGACACCGGCAGCGACACCGGCACCCCAAGGGCCCCCAUGAAGGGCGAGACCCCUGUGAACAGCACCAUGAGCAUCGGGCAGGCCCGCAAAAUGGUGGAGCAGCUGAAGAUCGAGGCCAGCAUGUGCCGGAUCAAGGUCUCCAAGGCUGCCGCCGACCUGAUGACGUACUGCGAUGCGCACGCCUGCGAGGACCCGCUCAUCACGCCCGUCCCCACCUCCGAAAACCCCUUCAGGGAGAAGAAGUUCUUCUGCGCCCUGCUCUGAGCUCCGCGGGGGCCCCCUGCACCCCACGGCGGGGGCCGGGGGCACGGCCGGGGGCUGCCCCACCUCCCGGGGGUCUUGCCCCACAGCCAGGGCCUGGCUGCCCCCAUCCCCUUAUCAAGCACAGGAGCAAAACAGUGGGAGAUGCUGCUGGGGGCCGGCGUCAGCGCUCCUGGGGGGCGGCAUGGGGCCCAGCCCCCCCCUUUGUCCCCCCCACAGCAGCAGGAGGCUCCACAGAGAAAAUAAACCCUUGCUUUUAUCACAA